CGGUUGAUGUCAUUUUGACAACGGGAUCUACGUACGAUAAGAAUAUGCGGUCUCCAAUGCCCGAACAUCAAUAUUCCUUCUGACCAUGCGGUUGUGACGUAUGUGCAGCGUCAAUCGCUGGCGUUCUCGCCGAUAACAAACCGAUAUUGAUUGGGAGCGGGGUGGGCCAAUGGUGGGGGAGGGAGCCAGUCGCGUCUCCCUGGUUCCUGCACUCGCCGAAAGAGAAUCGGGCCAUGAAGGAAGAGUAUCGCCGGGCGCCGGCUGUUUGUCGAAGCUGCAGUGUGACCGGGAAAAAUAUAUUCGAUGAGACCUAUAGACCUCUUCUCUCAGUUACAUUGUGCAUCCACUGCAGAACGAUCAUCUCUCCUCGUUCACCGAACAACACUAUUUGCACAGCGAUCAUAGACGGAGCCUGCCUUGCAAACGGACUUUGCGGAGCUACGACUGACACGAAACCAUUCAGGUGAAGCCAUCAUGGUGGAAGUCAAGCAGAAAGUCGCGUUGAUCUGCAUUGACGGCUGGGGUGUUGGAUCUGAAACGUCACCAGAUGAGGGCAAUGCUAUCCUGAACGCCGAGACGCCAUGGAUGGACGAGUUCGCCAAAGAUGGAAGCAAGACUGCUCAAGGAUAUACCGAGCUAGAAGCCUCGUCAUUGGCCGUCGGUCUGCCUGAAGGGUUGAUGGGCAACUCGGAAGUCGGACAUCUCAACAUUGGCGCAGGUCGUGUCGUCUGGCAGGAUGUCGUCCGUAUCGAUCAGACCAUCAAGAAUGGUGAACUGAACAAGGUUGAGAACAUCAUCAAGUCUUUUGACCGUGCGAAGAAUGGCAACGGUCGCCUACACUUCUGUGGUCUCGUCAGCGAUGGUGGUGUUCACUCACACAUCAAGCACCUCGAGGCUCUGCUGCGUGUGGCCAAGGAGAAGGAGAUCCCGGAAGUUUACAUCCACUUCUUUGGUGACGGACGUGACUGCGACCCGAAGAGUGGUAAAGGCCACCUCGAGAGCCUACUGGCGUUCACAAAGGAGCUCGGAUUGGGCAAGAUUGCGACCAUCGUAGGACGAUACUAUGUCAUGGACCGCGACAAGCGAUGGGACCGUGUGGAGAUCGGCAUGAAGGGUAUGGUCACAGGAGAAGGAGAGGAGACAUCCGACCCAGUCAAGGUCUUCCAAGAACGAUACGACAAAGACGAAACCGAUGAGUUCCUCAAACCGAUCAUUGUCAAUGGCGCCGAGGCACGCAUCAAGGACGACGACACCGUUUUCUUCUUCAACUACCGAUCCGACCGAGUUCGCGAGAUCACCCAACUUUUGGGAGAUCAGGACCGUUCCCCUAAGCCAGACUUCCCAUACCCCAAGAACAUCGACAUCACUACCAUGACGCGCUACAAGACCGACUACACUUUCCCACUCGCCUUCGCUCCCCAAGUCAUGGACAACGUGCUUGCCGACUGGCUCAGCAAGAAGGGUCUCAAGCAGUGCCAUAUCGCCGAAACAGAGAAGUAUGCCCAUGUGACAUUCUUCUUCAACGGUGGCCAGGAGGUACAAUACGAGGGCGAGGAGCGCGACAUGAUUCCUUCUCCGAAAGUUCCGACAUAUGACCACCAGCCAAAGAUGAGCGCAAUGGGUGUCGCCGAGAAGAUGGCCGAACGCAUCAAGAGCCAGAAGUUUGAAUUCGUGAUGAACAACUUCGCGCCCCCGGACAUGGUCGGCCACACUGGUGUUUACAAGGCUGCCAUCGAGGGAGUCACCGAGACGGACAAGGCCAUUGGAGUCGUCUACGAAGCCUGCAAGGAAGCCGGAUAUACAUUGUUCAUCACUGCUGAUCACGGAAAUGCCGAGGAAAUGCUUACGGAGGAGAAGACCCCCAAGACUUCCCACACUCUCAACAAGGUUCCCUUCGUGAUGGCUAAUGCACCCGAGGGUCUCAGCCUGAAGAAGCAGGAUGGUGUGCUUGGAGAUGUUGCACCGACCAUUCUAGAUAUCAUGGGUCUGGACCAGCCUAAAGAGAUGGGUGGAAGCAGCUUGUUGUUGCGAAAGUAGAAUUAUAUCACAAUUAGAACUGAACAUGAUGCGAGAAG